CACGGGGUAAAACUGUCGCGUGACUCCUUGAUUCGUACUCGAUAUAGGUAGCGUCGAGGCGAGAGAAAGAAAAGAAGAGAAAAGAAGCGUUUGAAUGGCUGCAAGGUCCUACGAAGCAGGUUUUAAAAGGUGUUACGGGGAUCGACUAGCCAAUCUUUCUCAUGAAACGACAGAGAACGAAAUUCAACAAAUUUAUGAUAACUGGGCGGAGGAAUACGAAAAGGACGUUGUUAUUGCGGCACGUGCAACUUACUACAAGCCAAUGGCUGAGGGUUUGGAUGAAGCCAUUCGGCGAUUUCUAGCUGGAAAAGGAAAAGAUGAAGUAAAAAUUAUAGACGUGGCAGCGGGUACAGGACUGAUUGGGGUCGAGCUCAAUAAACUCGGUUACACCAAUCUAUGUGCUCUGGAUAUUUCACAGGAAAUGUUAGAUAUAGCAAAGACAAAAAAUGUCUACACAAAAUUUAUAUGUUCCCCUUUGAAUGACAGGCCAAAUCCAAAAAUUGCAUCAGGAGAAUUCGAUGCCUUGAUUUGUGGGGGCUCAAUGCUCGUCGGACACAUCGAUCCAUCAGCGUUGAUAGAGAUGGUCAGGAUGAUAAAAGUCGGUGGUCUUGUGUGUUUCAACAUCCGAGAUGGCCAACUGGAGGACUAUCAAGGGAAGAUAUCGGAAUUGGAGUCAAUGGGAUUGUGGAAAUUUAUCUCUAAAAGAUCAUUGCCGUUUUUUGAAACCGAUGACAUGCCUAAAGAAACUUUCCUGUUUAUAUAUCAAGCCUUGUAUUCAGUGAGAUGAUUCUGCAAACGGAAAGCGCAAUGUACAAAAUGAUACCAGGGCGGAGGGCGGAGAGAGGUUAAUGAUACCGUUGUGCCUAUGAUUGGGACAAAGAUGUCCUUACCGUGCUUUUUUUAAUUGAGGACUGCCUGUUUGUAACCGAUGAUUUUAAACGUACCAGAAAGAAAGCCGACUUUGAACACCUGGGUAUAGAAUGCAUUUGAACCUGUAUUAAGCGAUCUCACAUAGGAAGAGGCGGGGUGACUUCCUAGCACAGGUUGACCACUUUUAAAGCCCUGUGGGGCCCCGGGUGAAGGAGCCCCAAUGUUCGGCUACCAUGGGCGAGGCAAUACCUCUGCACUUAAGCUCCCUUUUGGUGCGACGUGCAUGCGGUCGCCCAAUCAAUCAUAAUUUUUUUUUGUUCCAACUAGAUUUUGAAAAA